CGGGCCCCUGAGGAGGAGGCCGGGGCCGCGAUGUUCGGGAUGGCGGACGAGGACGACGCGGAUUUCCUGUCGCCCGGCGGCGGGGCCAAAUUGGCCUCUCUGUUUGGAUUGGAUCAGGCUGUAGCAGGCCAUGGAAAUGAAUUUUUCCAGUACACAGCACCCAAACAGCCCAAGAAAGGACAAGCAGCAACUGCAAAUCAGACUUCACAGAAAACACUCCCAGCUGCAGCUCCUUCAGGAGCUCCCAUGGUCCUCGUUGCAACAGCGGUCCAUGCCUAUCGGUACCUGAACGGUCAGUAUGUGAAGCAGGGGAAAUUUGGGGCAGCGGUCCUGGGGAACCACACUGCCAAAGAGUAUAGGAUCCUCAUUUAUAUCAGUCAGCAGCAGCCAGUCACCACGGCCAGGAUCCACCCAAAUUUUGAGCUGACGGUUCAGCCCAAUAAUUACAGCACAUUUUAUGAUGACCAAAGACAAAACUGGUCCAUCAUGUUUGAGUCAGAAAAGGCUGCAGCAGAUUUCAGCAGACAGAUCUGCAUUGCCAAAUGUAACAGUAACUCCUCCUUGGACGCCGUGCUGUCCCAAGAUCUUGUGGUCGGAGAGGGUGUGGCGGUGGAAGCAGGAGAUUCUUUGGAGGUGGCCUACACGGGCUGGCUCUUCCAGAACCAUGGACUGGGCCAGGUGUUUGACUCCACCGCUCACAAGGAUAAACUGCUUCGUCUGAAGCUGGGAUCCGGGAAAGUCAUUAAGGGCUGGGAAGAUGGAAUGCUGGGCAUGAAGAAAGGGGGAAAACGAUUUCUUAUCAUCCCUCCAUUGUGGGCUUACGGAUCGGAAGGGCUAGGUGGCCUGAUCCCUUCAGACGCGGUCUUGGCAUUUGAGGUGGAGGUCAGGCGGGUGAAAUUUGCCAAGGACCCUGGCUCUGAUGGGCAGAGCAUUUGUUCUCGAGAUUCUGCAGCCCCUUCUCCAACGCCCAGCACUGACAGCCUCUGCAUGGAUCCUGUUGUACUCCCUUCCCCUUCAGUGCCUUUCAAACCAGGAGAGCCAGCUGUCCGAAACAAGUCAAACUCCAUCAGUGAACAGCUUGCAAAUCCCGAUGUGGCCAAAGCAAAGCUGAUCUCUCGGAUGGCUAAAAUGGGGCAGCCCAUGCUCCCCUUCCUGUCUCCCCAAGUGGACUCCAGUGACUCGGAGAUGGAGGACCCGAAUGCUGUGCGAGGGGCAGGGCAGUCCAUGGCCACUCCACUGAUCCAGUCCUCUUCUCAACCAGCUCACUCAACACUGCCGCAGAGAACAUCACAAGCACCUCAGGCUUCCGUUCCUGGACUCCAAGUGCCUCCCGCUGCCUUAAUGCCAGUUGCGACGAUCCAGUCCCAUGGAAACGCCCAGUCCUUCCAGCCCUAUGCAGGUAUACAAGCCUACGCUUAUCCCCAGACGACCCCAGCCACCUCCCAGCUGCAGCCUGUCGGACAGAUGUACCCAGCACCGCUCUCCCAGACUCCACAUUUUCAAGGAUCAGGUGAUGUCGCCUCAUUUCUAAUGACCGAGGCCCGGCAGCACAACACUGAAAUUCGAAUGGCUGUUGGCAAAGUGGCUGAUAAAAUGGAUCACCUCACUUCCAAGGUGGAAGAGUUACAUAAACAAGCUAUUGGUAACUCCUUGCUGUUGCCUGGUGUUUCAGUUACUAUGGAAACCAGUAUGAUCAUGAGCAACAUCCAGAGGAUCAUUCAGGAAAAUGAAAGACUGAAGCAAGAGAUACUUGAGAAAAGCAACCGAAUUGAAGAGCAGAAUGACAAGAUCAGUGAACUAAUUGAACGCAAUCAGAGAUACGUUGAGCAGAGUAACCUGCUGAUGGAGAAGAGGAACAACACACUUCAAACAACCACAGAAAACACCCAGGCCCGAGUACUGCAUGCUGAGAAAGAGAAGCCCACGACAUCAGCAGAACAGGGGUGGGACCAAGUGAGGCAACCCAUGCACUGUGCCAAGGUGACGGAAGAACUGGCUGCCGCCACCGCUCAGCUAUCUCAUCUGCAGCUCAAAUUGACUGCGCACCAGAAGAAGGAAAUGGAAUUAGAGCUACAGCUGAACGAAACUCGGAAGGAAGCAGAGCUUCAUGGUUCCCAGCUCAGUAAACUGCAGGCUCAGCUCACAGAGCUCCAAGAAACCUCCGAACAAACUCAGUCCAAAUACAAAGCUGAAAAGCAGAGCCGCCGGCAGCUGGACUUAAAAGUGACGUCCUUAGAGGAGGAACUGACUGACUUGCGAGCAGAGAAAGAGCUUCUAGAAAAGAACCUCGCAGACAGGAAAAAGAAAUCAGCUCAGGACCGAUGCCAGGCGGAAGAGGAGAUGGACGAGAUUCGCAAGUCUCACCAGGAGGAGUUAGACAAACUUCGUCAGCUCCUGAAAAAAGCUCGAGUCUCAACUGACCAAGCCGCUGCAGAACAGUUGUCCCAAGCGCAGGCUGAGCUCGCAUCCCAGUGGGAAGCCAAGUGCGAGCGCCUGGUGGCCUCGGUCAAAGAACAGCACCUGCAGCAGUACCAGGAGGCAUGCGAGCAGAGAGAUGCCAACCAACAGAAGCUCAUUCACCUGCAGGAAAAGCUCUCCUCCCUAAAACAGACUCAGGGUGUGGAUGAGAAGAAACUGUUUGAAUUACAGGAGCAAGCAGAGCAGAUGGAGGAAAAGUGUGCGGCCCUGCAGGCUCAAACAUCUGCCCUGAAGGCACACUAUGAGCAGCGCAUCCAGGAAUUGGAGGAGCAGAAGGCCCGAGGACCUGGCAAUAGCGCUGUGGACCCAACCCCUACAGAGAAGGUAAAGAAGAUCAUGAAUCAGGUGUUUCAGUCUCUGCGGGGGGAAUUUGAAUUGGAAGAAUCCUACAGUGGCAGGACCAUCUUGGGUGUUGUCAUGAACACCAUCAAGAUGGUGACGCUGCAGCUGUUGAAUCAGCAGCCGCAGAGGGAGCGGGAGAGCAGCAGCGAAGAGGAAGAAGAGAAGCCACCCCAGGAUGAAGGAGCCCCGAACCUUAGCCCUGAGCGUGGGGUGGAGGUGGCAGCCUGUCCAGAGCCUGCCAAUGAGCCUCCUGUCUCUGCCAGCCAGAAUGGGGUGCCGAGUGAGGAGGUGGUUCCCCGGGGCAGUGGGACCUCCGAAGCAGAGGAGGUCUUGGAAGGGGAGGAGGUCCCCCAGGAGUCAGUCUGCAUCCCAAACCAGGUAGCCCUAGGUCCCCCAACCUCUCUUCCACCUAGACCACCCAUACCUGAAGACCCUCUGGCGGUGGCAGUCCAACAUGUGGAGAAGCUGGUAUCCAUCCAGCCGGCACCAAGCCAGGAGAAUUCAUCAGAAGAUGUUUGGGGCAGGGUGGCCAGUCCAGGCCCCAAGCUGCAAGAGAGCGAAGCAGCCCGUAGUCCAAACAGCCCAGCGGCCCCCGGGAGGGUGGAGGGGGAUCCUGUGACUGAGGCAUCUGUGAGUCCCGGGGGAGAACCCCCACUGCCGCUCCUGAAAAGUGAAGACGUUGUCCGUGGUGUCAGAGCUGCUGCCUCCAAGCCAGAGAUGGACGCUUCCUCCGACGCUGCGGAGCUUCCAGUGGGGUCUAAACCCAGCCAGGAGGAGGAGAAGCAGCAGAGCUCUGGUCUCUCAGGUGACGAAGGGGACAACAUGUUCGCAGGGGGCACCCUGAAAACCCCCAGGCCGGCAGCAAGGCUCACCGAUGAGGACGAAGACGAAGUGAGUCUAAAGGGACACCCACCCCCAGCACCUCUUUUUGGGGACGAUGAUGAUGACGAUGACCUUGACUGGCUGGGAUGAAGAUUUGGGAGAGAGUCAUGGUGUCUCUGAGCUGGCCCUUCUUCUGCCUCUCUCCUCUUUGAGCAUGGUUUGCACAGCCAGCCUUGGUUCUGGGCUGGCAACUGAGUCAGGGCCAAAUCCCCCUUGAGCCCUCUGGGAUCAAAGUCUCAAGGCUGCCCUGCUGAGCACUGGGAGUGCAUUCACCCCAGAGCUUUCUGUUCUUCUAAGUUCCCCAGGAGUGGUGCUUGGCACCCCAAGUUUUCUGUGUAUGUGGGUAAGUAGAAACUUCAAAAAAAGGAAAAAAAUGGAGUUCUGGUCUUGAGCAGCCAAUGCUGCCCAGAAAGUUUGCUCAAUCCCUCCCCCGGGCAUGGCAGGUAGGAAAUGAGUACUCCAGAAGUCCCGUUGGCUCUCCACCACCCAUCUCUGGUGGAGGUGCUCUUUCCUUUCCUCCCCGCUCUCAGGACACAAACACCUCGUGACGUCAUCUGUAGCAGCCUCAGAGGUGAAGAGGAAGGAAUCUGUUGUUUUGGACUUAUUUUUGACCAACAGUGCCACCCCUCCAGCUGGACUGUGAUCGGAUGGACCUCUUCUCAUCUCAUGGUUGCCGACCUCUAGCAGGAGCAGGGCCCAGUAAGAAUCUCUGCCCGCCCAAGUCCUGCUCUGCGUAGCACAAGCCAGGGGAGGAGAAGGUUUGAGAUCUUGAGGGAACUGCCUCUCCUCCAUGUUGACACAUUCAGUGGCCUUUGUCGCCCAGCCCUUGGAGCCAGCUUCCGCUCAUGCUAAUCAGCUUAUGAUAAUAAUCAGACCAAGGCUCCUCCCUGCACUUCUGCUGAGCCCCCAUUGUCUAACUUGACCUUACCCCUUGCCAGAUCCAAGAUUGAGGCCAAAAAGAGAUUCCACUGAGAAUCCUAUUAUCUAAUCCACCCAUCCUCCCCUCCCUAAUCAGUGACCUUACCCCCAGGCAGCCAGCUCUUCUGGUGAGAGCCUCUCAGUGGAAAUUGUGCUGUCUCUGUUUUGUGCUUCACCCACAACCACCCCUCUAGACUAGCAGUCCAGCGUGAGCCCUCCAGAUAGAUGUGUUUUCUCUGCCUUAAAGCUGACAUGAUUGUAUGAAAAUAGAUACGUCAAUGAACAAACCUGAAAUAAAAGUUCAGCAAUGGUUCUCAA